UUAUCAACUUGUGCCUUCACGAAAAGGACUUCAAUGUGAAAUGUGAAUGGUCAUUCUUCGCUACAAGCCAUGGCAAAUCUCCGUGCGAUGGCCUUGGAGCAGAGGAGAUGGUUCCUAUCAGGAGCAUGUUGGAGACAAGGUAUAGCACUGCAACUACUCUUCCUGGCACAAGAGGCUUUCAUCACUUUACCCCCCUCUCUGAAAGUGUUAUGGCUGCUAAACGUGUUUCGGAAGAUGAAUUGUAUGCCUUAGAGUUUAAUCUAGUGUUGGGAAAGACAAACUUAGUGAAGCUGGCAGAUCCAAACAUGUCUGACUUUAUUGUUUGCUCAUAUGAGGAGAAACUUUGGGUUGGACUUGUUGAUGUAGUAGAUAAGGAACAUGAUGAUGUUCAAGUCAAGUUUAUGCAUCCAAGCUACCCAGCAAGAUCCUUCUUCUGGCCAAGGAAAGAUGAGGUAUGUUUUGUACCAAUUAUGAAUGUGUUGUGCAUCAUUGAGGCACCAGUAACAGUAACAGGAAGACAAUACAAGUUGAGUGACAAAGACAUAUCCACAAUUGAACAAGCACUUGCUGAAUAACUCGGAUAGCAUGUAACAUAACUUGAAAAGUACAGUACAGUACUGAACAAUAUAUUAACAUUAUUGAAGAUCAAAUAACAACUUCUAAAGGUGAUGAUUGCAAAUGCUGGAUAUGACAGUUCCAUAAAAUUAAGAAUUUACAUAGGAUUUCAACCAUAUAUUUGUUGGCAUAUUUUUCAGCAAGAAGAGACACCAAGCCAAAACUUAGUGAAAUUAUUCCUCAUUAUAUAUUCAUAUACCACACCAAAAAUGGGUUUGGUCCUACAUUGCCAACAUGGGUAAUUUUCGGUUUGUAAUUUGAUCCUUUUUAUGGUUUCGGGAUAUAUAUAUACCAUUGUUUAACAUAGAAAAUAUGCAUUUCUUUUCAAUUAAUGAUAUUUUUGAACUCAUAUUCUGAUUCAGCAUGUCUUAAAAUGGUAUAUCACCAGUUUUCCUGUAUAUAGAGUUAAAGGAUAGGAAACGACAGUUGAAAUACCAUACAUUUUAGUGUACCAUUCAUAAAGAAUGCUAUAACCGACACCGAUAUUGGUGGAAAAUUGAAAAACCGAUAUCUCAGGAACAAAUAAAGAUAUUGAGCUCAAA